AUGGCAGGCGCCUUGAAUCAGCGCGACAUCUCGCGCAAGGGACUCCUCAUCGUCUUCGCUUUCGUCUUCCGCAACGUCGGUCACGAAAUUCCCGCAGAGCUUGUGGGUCAGGUAUUCGAGUAUCUUCACCCGCCCAAGGUCAAUCAGUGGACCGCGUCAGUUCCCAGCACAUACCAGACUUCCCACCCGGCCCUGCAGCCGCCAAAGAAUGGCCGAUGCAUGAUCGAGGAGAUUCCCACCGAGAUGCGACGCAAGCUGCUCGGCUACUUCCUCCCCGACAAGGAUGUCAUCAUCCGUCCUCUCUGCAAGCAGCAUGCGCCGUGGAAGAGCCCGACGCGCAAGCCGCAGCACAACACGGUGAGCGAUCUCAUGCUAUUGAGCAAGAGAUUCAUGGAGGAUGUCACUGCCUGCGUCUACAGCGAGCGCUUCUUCGGCAUUCAUGUCCAUGAGGGCAUCUCCUCCGGCGGCAUCGAGUUCCUCGACACCGGUCGGCAGCCACUUCACUACAAGGCGAGCAUCUUCGACGACCGCUUCGAGCGCUUCAAUGAUGGUGAGUUCGGGUUCAACCGGCUGAAGAAGAUCGAAAUCACCAUUCACCCGUCGAUUGAGCAUGGACACCACAACGCCAUGACGACCUACUACAUCAAUCACGCUCUCGUGCGCAUGCUUGAGCGCAGCGGCGAGAAGGAUCGCAUUGUCUCCCUCACCAUCAACUUCGCAGAGUCGGCCCCUGGACGCGCACACGCCGGCCGCACUCGCCGGCAGAUUUUGCGCGGCGAGCACGCUUGGUGGAACCACGACUUGAAUGAACCUCGCUCGACCAGCAUCCAUGGCAUCACUGACGUCGAGCUUGCUCUGCGUCCAUUUGCCAUGCUUACCACCGUCCACGAUGUGCGUAUUUACCUUCCUACCAAAGUCAAGAAGCACGCCAAGACGGUCUCCUUCACGAGUGCGUUAGAGCAUAGCAUGAAGAGCAACACCGCUUUUGGUACACUUGGUCCGAACGACGAGCUGGAGCGCCAGGCUGAAGCGAUGAGAGAUGAGAUUGAGUCGUACAUCGUCCGCAAUAGAUACGGCAUGGGGUACGACCACAAGGAGGCCAAAGUCUCAAGACUGACGGAUCAAGAGUGUAACGAGGUGGAUGCAGAUUUUGAUGAUGAUGUCAUCUGCAAGGGAUCGAAGGAUUGGGAGGGCGACGAUGAGGUGGAGCCUACAGCCUUUACGGGCCCCGGCCGUACUCUCGGAGGGAGCAACAGGGCCAUGGCCACGAACACGGUCACCAUCAACACGAUGCAGUUUUCAAACAAGAAAGUCGAUGGUACUGUCAGCCGCCGUAUUGCUUCCGUGGACGAUAACGUCCAGGGCGACUCUACUCCAGCACCAAAGCGAUCCAUUCGCGCAGGCGUGUCUUCUCUCGGCGUCGACAGCCUUGGGAUUACCGACGAUGAGGAGAGCGCGAGCAAGACCCUCAAGCGCGAUUCCGAGGAUUCCCCUGGCGGUGUGCGUGUGCAGCCUGGAGGAGACGGUGGAUGCAGCGGAGAUGACUCUCUUGACCUCGCCGCUCUCCAUCGCGACCGCGAGGUGCGCAGAGCACGUGCUAGCAAGUGGGACUAG